UCAACCACAAUAGAAACAGAAGAAGUGACGCUCAGGUGACGCCAUCAGAUCAGAAACUACAGAAUUAGUGUCACGUCACAAGAAGGUGUAACAUCUGGACGUUCUCCCUCUGGCUCCUGCAGCUGGAGAGUUAAGACUCUCAGGCAUUGUUAUCAAAGAUCAGAGCUGCACUGAAGCAGCAGGGAAGUCGUCAUGUUCACGGAGACUCGUGGAGCGGACACUGGGACCAGAGACAGCUGGGAUGGAUCUUCAUGUUGAGACUGGACCUCAGACUCUUCUUCAGUCCAGCGUCCCACUCUACUUCCUGCUUGAAUCUACAUCCACGAGUCCUCACCUGCACGUCGCCCUGAGGACUCACUGACCACAUCCCCUUCCUUCACAUCGUAUUCAUGUCCAGGUCUAGUCGGCGCUACAAGCCUCUGCUGCAGAGCAACGGCAGCGGCUCCUUCCCCGGCUGUGACCGGGUUCGAAUGCCCCGGGCCCGGGUGCUGCUGCUGUGCCUGCUCGGGGUCCUGGUGCUGGCGGUGGUGCUGGGAGUGUAUCUGUCCAACGACACCAGCAUCGGACAAGUGAACCGUGUACCAGCCGCAGACCUGACCAAAGAGAGGUUGUCCCACAAACCCAGCAAAUGCUCACCAGCUCAAAUCCGCCGCCUGGCCUCUCAGGUGGAUGGGACUCGUCUGUGGGAGACUCACCUGAGGCCCAUCCUCAUAGAGAGGCUGCCAGGGACACAGGGCCACCUGGCUGUACAGCAGCACAUCACCUCCACCCUGUCCUCCCUGUCUGCCGGCUGGUCUAUCGACCUGGACUCCUUCAAGUCUCCGACCCCACGAGGCUCGGUCGCCUUCACCAACAUAGUUGCCACUCUGGAUCCUUCGGCCCCUCGCAGGCUGCUUCUGGUCUGUCACUACGACUCCAAGUUCCUGCCUCCAGACCCCCGUGACCCACAGAGGGUGUUUCUGGGGGCCAGUGACUCAGCAGUGCCUUGUGCUAUGAUCCUGGAGCUGGCCACUUCUCUGGAUGCUCAGCUUAGAUCUUUCAAACAACAGAAACUUCCCGUCUCCCUUCAGCUUGUGUUCUUCGAUGGUGAGGAGUCAUUUGAGGAGUGGACAGCCACAGACUCACUGUACGGCUCCCGUCACCUGGCUGAGCGCAUGGCCAACACGCCUCACCCUGCUGGCUUCUCACACACUACCAUGCUCCAUGCUGUGGACCUUUUUGUGCUGCUCGACCUGCUCGGAGGUCCUGAUCCCCUGAUUGCAAAUCACUUUGAUAACACAGCACGCUGGUUUGACCGUCUGAUUGCUGCAGAGAAGAGACUCCAUCGACAGGGUCUUUUGACGUCUCACCCCUCGGAGCAGACUUACUUUAGGAAGGAUGUUUAUCUCGGACCUGUCCAAGACGACCACAUCCCCUUCCUUCACAAAGGUGUCCCCGUGCUACACGUCAUAGCCACUCCCUUCCCACAGUUCUGGCACACGUUGGACGACAAUGAGCAGAACAUGCACCGGCCCACCAUCGAGAACCUGACCAAGAUCAUGGCUGUGUUUCUGGCUGAAUACCUGGGCUUCUAAACACCAAGACAUGAAGACCACUGAUCAUGUUUACCCUGCACUGGAGUACUCGUGCUUUUGUCACACUGGUUACGAAUGAGUGACUCUGUGCAUAAGAGGAGUCCCUAGUGAAAUGAACUUAACUGAACUGAGAUACCAGCUGAACUUUGCCAAAGUCUUGUCUCUGCUGAACUGUUUCCUUACUUUUAACAUCAUGGAGGAGUUGGAAACAUAAAAAAUUUAAGUAUUAAAGUAAUAUUUAAUUAGCUAAGAUAAAAUAAUCCUUCAAUGAGCAUGGUGCCUAAGGAGCAGGAAAUGUGUGUGUAAUUUCACAAGCACUUUUGCUUUAUUCCUAUGGGAAAAAAAACCUAGCCAUAUGUUAUUCACUACUUUAAUGUCAUGGAGAUGCACUAAUGUCUUCUUGAAGACACUCUAAUGUGAGCUGCUGUGAACUCGGUGACGAUGGUGAAUGACGGCUAGAAGAUAUCUGUGAGUAAAUCACUUCACUUUAUCUUGAUUGAUGCUCUUGGCCUUACUACCUGCGGUUCUUACUGGAACUUUUGUGUCAGUUGAAUGAUAUUAAACAACAAAUGUUCGUUUACACCACAUGAAAGGUGGAGACAAAAGUCUGCUAUAAGGUUUAAAUGCUUAAAUCAGUUUCUGUGAGUAUAUUUGAUGCAGCUUUGUGAAAAAAACACUGAAAGAUUCUGCGCCUUGAAACAUUCUGUAACUUCCGGAAAAUGUCACCAGCGAAGUCUCGUCUUACUUUCCCUUGAACAACCUGAAACCACUUGGGCUUUACAGCACAUCUGUGAACCGGUGUAUUGAAUUGAAUCCACCCAUAUGACGCUUACUUUUAAUGACCAUCUUGUCCUGUGUUCUAUAUGUAUAUGAGUUAAGGUACAAUUCUGCUGAGUCAUGUUUUGGUAAUAAAGCUUAAUUUGCAAAGUG